AUGGCGCGAAGAUCUCCCCGUCUGGUAAACCAAAAAUGUGAAACAGGUUGCACAUGGCGAAUGUUCGGAAUCUUUAACUUUCAUGAAGCUCGUUCCGAUAGAAGAUUGGUUUCCAAUGGUAGCCAUUUGAAUAAACACACCACUGCUGCAGGAAAUCGAAAAUCCAGAAUUAACUCGGAUGUGCUUAGCACAGUUGAUGAAAAGUACCCUCAUGCUGCUGAUGUAAGUUCGAGAAGAAAACGAGGUUUAAGUUGUAAGAAUAUCUGUGUGGAGGAUAAUCAGAUUGCAGAUUUGGAAAAUGAAGUAACAAAAAUGAUUGUUAAUCAAAGUUUUUUCGACAGAAACUCUCGAGGAAAGGAUGGUGCUGCUGACUGUCAGCCUAAUCAGUUCUUAGACGCUGUACAGAUUUUAUAUUCGAACAAGGAACUUUUUGUUAAGCUUCUGCAAGAUCCAAACUCUCUGUUGGUGAAACAGAUUCAUGACUUACAGAAAUCUCAAGUGAAAGCCGAACAAAAUGGAAUGACUAGAUUGAAUAAAGCUCAAAACAGUGGAAGUUUUUUUGAUAGGUCUAACUCGAGUUCAAGAAUAGUAGUUUUGAAGCCUAACACGAGUAAUGUGAAAAAAAUUGCUGAGAAUAGCGAUGCUCAAAGUAAUAAGCCUUCGCAUUUUCCAUUUGGUGAUAUGAAGAGAAAGUUGAGGCAUGUCCUGAGAGUAAGGAGAAAAGAAAAGGAGUGGAGAACUGAUUCGGCGCCAAGUAAAUUUCCCUGCGGCUCACAGGACUUAGAAGAUGGUAUUUCUGUAAGAAAUUCGCCAAAUAAGGUCUGUGCUAGUACUGGCCACAAAUUGAUCAUGAAGGAUCAAGGUGCAAAAGUAACAUCUCAUAACAAACACCAAAUGGUUCUAAGAUCACCUCGUAGAGACGAGGAAAAUUGUUCGUAUAGAAACUCUUCUGCUCAGAAAAUCAAGGAUCCACCGGUGGCAACGUAUUGUGAUGAGUUACAGGUUUUUGGUGUUGCAGAUAUUAGUGUCAAUAAGAGUCUUUCCGGCGACAAUUUGCAUGAAUAUUAUGAUAUUCCUAGAGAUGGAUCACUAGUACAAGCUAUACAUGAUAAAUUUGAAGAGAAUAACCAUCUUGCAGACCUUGUAACAUUCUCUUCGGAUCCAAUGAACAAAUCGAAUGAUAUCAUAAGUGAAGUUCUGCAGGCUUUCAGUUUGAAAUGCGAUGAACCGAUAAAGAGUUAUUUAUCAAAUCUAUUGACGAAUUCAUCCACUUUCGAUGAACUAAAUGGAUUAACUGACCAACUUUACGAUAGUAAAAUCCUGCAUGACAGUAUCAUCCAAUGUUUCAUGGACUUAUACCAGAACAGUGGUUUUCUACCUCAAUUUUCAUCAAGAAAUCCAAACUUCCUCCAAGCAUGUGUUGAGAAGAAAAUUCUGGUUAGAGAAAUUAACGAACUUGUUAACCUGCACUUUGUCCCUCAGCCAUCACCAAUAACGUUACAGCAGGUUGUUGAAAAGGACUUUGCGAGACGUGGAUUAUGGAUGAAUAUCCAUGUUGAUGCAGAAGACAUUGCUAUUGAAGUGGAGAAAGAUGUUUUGGAAAAACUGAUUUUGGAAAUAGUGUCUGAUAUGAACAUCAGAGACGUGAUACAAUGCAAUGAAACUAUGUCAAAAUCAUAA